CUACCACAUCCAUCCACUCAUCCUUCCAUCUACUCAACCCAUCUGAACUAUCAUCCAACACAAUGGCCGAACAACCCCCUGCUCAGAACGCUGCUGGCGCCCCCGAGGACGCUCUCGACAAGGGAGUUGACGCCGCCCUCAAGAAGACCGGCCACGGCCAGAGCCGCAAUGUCGUCGAGAAGAUCUCGGACGGCGUCAGGACCGCCUUCAAGAAAAUUUCUGGCAAGGACGUCCCCGUCAAGGACACCUAAGUGCACUCUUCAGGUCAAGCAGAGCGACAGCCCUGCGAUGAUGUGAAGGUGUAGAAAUGGCCCUUCCCUCGUGUCUGAAUGGAUCGAGCCCCUACGAGGACUUCGAUCGAUACCCCUUUCAGUCGAGCAGAUUGGCUCCUCUUCACCUUCAUCAUCAUGCAUCGUCCAAGUGAUUCUCUCUCCCAGUCUCGUUAUCUGAAUCCCCUCUAUGUCUUCCCCCUAUGUCGUAAUCCCUCUCUCCCCUUUCUCCCUUACUCUCCUCCGUAAAUCAUCUAUUUCCC